AUGAAGACCACCACCACCGCCACCGCGCUUGUGGUCAUUGCUCUGUGUCUGUCCAACUUCUCCUCUGCUCUGAAAAUAUGCGCCUUCAACGUACAAAGUUUCGGGGAAUCAAAAGCCAACAACAACAAGGUUGUGGGGAUUCUACUGAAGAUUCUGUCGCGGUGUGACUUGUGUCUGGUUCAGGAGGUCCGAGACUGUAAAGGCGAAGCCAUCAAAUCUCUCAUGGCCAGGCUGAACAGGUUCGACAGAUCAAAUUCCUAUUCUCACGUGGAAAGUGAGCGGCUGGGGAGGAAAUCUUACAAGGAGCAGUACGUCUUCAUCUAUAGGGACAAGGUGCUCAAGUUCACAGAGCAGUAUCAGUACCCCAACCUGCUGACUGAGGGAACCAAUGAGAGCCAAGUCUUCUCCAGAGAGCCUUUCAUCGUGCGCUUCCACUCCCCGACUACAUUGGUCAAGGAUUUAGUUCUGAUUGGUCAGCACACAUCCCCCAAAACUGCCAUGAAGGAGAUGGAUGAGCUCUACUCUGUCUUCAAAGACGUCGCCAAGAAAUGGAAGACAGACAACGUCAUCAUCUUAGGAGACCUCAACGCCGCCUGCAGCUAUGUCACGAAAAAGGGCUGGAGGACGGUUCGCUUGCGCUUGGACCCAAAAUUUCACUGGCUGAUCGGAGACGAGCAGGACACUACGGUUCGGGAGAAGACCACGUGCGCAUAUGACCGGAUCAUUGCUCAUGGGCGAGAAAUGGUCUCCACAAUAGUCCCAGAAUCUGCUCAACCGUUCGACUUCAAAGAGGAGUUCCACCUCACGGAGAAUGAGGCUCUGGAAGUCAGCGAUCACUUUCCAGUGGAGGUGGAGCUGAAGCCGACCCACCGCUACCACCUGCGCCAUGAGCUGUGACUUCAAGUGUAAUGCAUGAAACGGAU